GUUUGCCUCGAUUCCCUCAGCUGAUGUCAAUCACAAAUUGAUUGUCAAGCGAAUUUUUACAGUUUAAAUGUAAGCUUUGUUUAUGGUGCGUUGUCAAGGAAUUCCGUUUGUUUACAGUGAGUGACUUUCAUGUUUUCCAUCUGAGAUUUAUUUAGCUAAAUUAAGACAGAGGGGUGUUCCAGCUGCUGUAGGAACAAGUGCUUUUGCUAGGCCAUUUGAGGAGAGACGUUAUGACGAAAGAGGAUCGUUUACGUUUCCGCACCUGUUGGGAAUCGCCGUAUCAUAAACAUGAAUAAUGCAUGAAUUUUUUUGAGUUUACAGCUUACACAUUAUGAGCAAUAUCCAUUAUUGUUUAAUAUGCCGUGGACUUCAACCAUCACGAUUCCGACGACCACAACUAAGUAUGCAUUUUCCAGCAAUGCUACAAGCAGUAAAACUAGCACCUUCAAUGUUGGACAGACUGGACGUGUCUUUCUGACGCUGAUAAUGCUGUCGAUGAUCUUCAUAUGUUUGUUCGGAAACCUGCUCGUGUGUUACAUCGUAUACAGGAGACCAGCGAUGAGAUCUGGCAUCAACCUUCUCCUUGCAAAUUUGGCAUUAUCUGACAUUCUCCUGUCCUUAUUUUGCAUGCCAUUGACGCUGGUUUAUUUGAACCUCCAAAGUGAAAGCAUAGAAGAAUCUGUAUGUCAACUGGAGGCAGUUUUAUUUUCCCAGUUCCAAACAGAAAAAAUAUUGCUGCUGGUAGUUAUAUCAGUGGAUAGAUAUUACAUUAUUGUAAAAAGGAAAGACAAUUUGAACACCUUUAGAGCAAAAUGCAUCAUUAUCAUGACAUGGCUGGCAUCAAUGAUUUUGAGUAUACCUCCACUUAUUGGUUUGGGGAAAUAUAAAUAUUCUGCUUUCAAACCACAGUGCACAUUAGAACUUACUGAUGCUUCAACAAAAAAUCUGGUAUGGGUCAUGUCAUUCAAUAUCAUUGGAAGUUUUCUUCCUUGUGCUGUGAUGGCAACAGCUUAUGGUUUCAUUUUAAGAACAGUUCGUAGAAAUUGCUUUAGAGUACAAAAUCAUCCACCAGUUAACCCAACUGCAAUGCAUCGCAAAGGAAAAUUAUUUAUUGACUACAGCUAUAAAAGAAGAACCUUUACAACAAUAUCUCUACUCUCCCUUGUAUAUGUUUUUUGUGUUCUGCCCCUGAAGGUUUUAGAGAUCUAUUCUGUGGUAAAUGGAAAAUCAGUUUCCAUAUCUGCUUCAAUUACAGCAUUAUGGCUCAGCUUUGGACAUACUGCACUCAAUCCAAUCAUUUACACAAUUCGGAUAAAGAAAUUUAGGGAGGCAUGUGUGGAGAUUAUACCAAAGUCAGUUCUGACAAUCCCAAAGUUUGUGCCACUCAAAACAAGACGCCGUGUGAGACCCCAUGCUUUGUACCAGGUGAACAAACAGCCAAGUAUUGUAACAACAGUUAUAUGAAUGUUGAUUUUAUUUGAUAUUUGCAUAUUUCAGAGAUUUUAGUAAAACAUAUUGCAUAUUAGAGUUUACUAAAACAAUCAAUUUUAAUGCCUUGUUACAGCUUGAUGCAAAUGUUUUCUAGUAAAAUUAAAAUGAAAUCACAUCACCUGCUGUAUCCUCACCAAACAUUUUCCUUUAGAAACUAACUGCAUCACAACAAUUUAAUUUCCUUUAUAAUUUUCAGAGGUAUUCAUUUCUAUAUCAAAUUGUUUUUCUGAGUAUGGGGCAAUCUUUUUUCUAAUUAGUGAAAUUUAAUGGAUGACAUUGAUGUUUGAAAAGAUGUGAAGCUGGUACUUUACUAAGAUUGAUUUAUAUAAAAUAACAAGGUAACAGAAUAAUUGUACAUUUAUAUAUUUUUAAAACAAAUCUUCUGAUUUUGGAUGAAAUGAAUAGACAAUAUUUUGCAG